AUGUCGAGAACAUCCACACCGACCAAAAUCUCCACCCCUGUCAAGUGGAAGGUGAAACUCCGCUCUCUCUACAAGCUGAGGUCGCUGUCAGCCUCACCCUCCACACCGGAACGUACCCCAACUACUCCAGAUGCCGAUUUUCUCACGCCUCUUGAUGUGUACGACGAUGGCUAUUUCACUCCGCUUACAGACCAGAAAGAUAUCACUUUGGGGGACCUUACGCUUCCUCCACCGCCACCUCCACAAAGAGCCAAAUGGGCCAGCAUGGACCCCGAUAGUCCGUUGUUUGAGCACUCGUUGGGUCCUAAAUCGCCAGGUCCUAGGGUAAAACCGUAUUUUGCAACCGCCAAUCGCCAGCCUAUCACGACAAGCAUCGACACUUGCUUCAUCUGUGAGGAGCUGCUUGAAACGACACUCUACCUUGAAAAACUCGUGCCUCUUCUGUGUGGAGACCGGGUUCAUGAGGAGUGUUUGAGAACAGCCGUUAACCACGAAUUGGAAAAAAAGCUCCAAAACAGACAGCUCUGCAAAGCCAGCCUGAUUGCAGAAAUGAUGCAUGCGGUUUUCCCACAAUGCAACGGCCCGCUUUGUUCUGCAAAGCAUGAAUCUCCCAUGGCUGUUCCGUCGAAUAAUGCGUUUUUGGACGACUUGAACGACGAUCUCCGUCUUUCCAUGAAACUCACCCGUUUCGACGAGUCGAGGACCCUAGAUCCAGCGAAAAUGGAAAACAAGGCUGCCGGUCGGCCCUCGUUUUCUGAAAGUUUACAGGACCUUCUUCCUCAGUCCAAACCGGUUCCCAAGGUGCCGCUCAAAAUCGAAACAAAACCGCCCAGCCGGCCUUCGUCGCUUUUUUCAAACACUAGCGUCAAAACGGCCGCCACAGCUUCAGUAAGGGUUUCAGUACACGGCUCCAUUCCUCCAGAAGACCUCAAACUGGCCUUUAUUCAGCACAUGAUCAACCAUGCUCCUGGAUUCGAUCUUUCCAUGCUUGUUUCUUUGGGAAGCUUGAGAUUGGCAGAUCAGCUUUUGGUGAGUAUAGACAGAAACGGCGCUUUCGAGCUCAAAAACGUCUACCUCUUCACCAACUACCUUGUGGUGUGGUCUGCUAACGAACCUCCCCAGUUCAUGAUGGUGCCUUUAUCUCAGGAAACCAUAAUUAAUACGCCGAUUCCGUCGGUUCUCCAGGUUUCCGUUUCAGGCCCCGAGGCUUCCUUCAAUGUCAGGUUACAUUCGGAAACAAGCUCCAUCAUUGAAAAAUGGGGAAUCGCCAUUUCAGACACCCUGAUGACCUUCCCACCCAAUAUCUUUUCAUCUACUAUUAGACUUCCAGAUAUCGCCAAACCGAUCGAAAUGCCGGUUCCCCAAAAACCCAAAACCAGAGUUUCACCGAUCAUGGAGUCUUGCUCGGAAUUCAAUCCAGCAAUUCCUGAAAGAAGCCCAGAAAGAGGUACUCUUAAUUACGGAGGUCUCCAGGUGUAUAACGACGAAAUAGCACCAUUAUCCAGACCCACCAGUCCACUUCGUCUACAGAAAAACUCGCCAUCCUCCGAGGAGUCCACCAAGGUGGGUUCUGAAAUCGAAAUCAACAAAAACGCCUCUCCGGAUCAGUUGGCACAAAUGAUGAAAAUCAUCGAUUCAGACCUGGACUCCGACUCCGACUCCGACGAGGAUCUGGACUGCGAGCUCAUCAACAAAGUCGUGAACUCUCUUUAG